UUUUUCGGGAAUCUUUUGUUAGAAAUGAAGAUGGAGGAAAGUUCGUUUUUUCUGCGAGAAAAGUAGUGCAAGGUAUAACCUUUGUUGAUUUAAAUCCUCAAAAUUCAAACUUUGUUGUACUUGUUUUCUGCUAAGAGAAGUGGGCGAGGGACGAUGUCCAAGUCUUGCAAAGGGUUGGCCGCAGAGCUGGUCAAGUGUCUAAGUGAAUCUGAUUGUAUUAAGGUUGAGAAGAGAUCAUAUCGGGAAUGUGUUGGAGAGAAGAGUCCAUGUAUACCCAAUGAGUGUGUGGGACUCAGGGAAACCUAUUUCAAUUGCAAGAGAGGCCAGGUUGACAUGAGAGCCAGGAUUCGUGGAAACAAGGGCUAUUAAUGAUCCCAUCAUCCAUUGGAAAACGCUGUAUUUCUUCUGCCCAGUUCAGGUUCUUUCAAUUUUUAGCUCAAGAUGAGGUCAACACAAGUAAAAGAUGAAGGUGAAUCACAGAAAUUGAAGGCCUUAUUCAUUGUUUGGUUUAAUGGCAUGGUGUAGCCACAAAUCUGCAUGACUGCAAUAGUUUGGCUUUUACAGAGAUCAUUAAAAUAAACUAUAUCUAGUAUUAACAUAGCAGGGCAUGUACAUUCAUCUACACUCUUGGGACUUGCAAGAAUUUGGAUUCUCUGCUGAGUGUUUUUGGUAAUAUUCCCUAUUGAGUCUUCCAAAUAUACUAAUGAAUACUUUGAUGUUUUAAAGUAUAUUAAAAUUCAUUUUAAUAUACUAUCAUCAGUGUAUUUUGAAGGCUCAGAUGAGAAACAUUACCAGAAACUCCGCAGAGAAUCUGGACUCGACUUGCAAUGAAUUCAGAUCUGUCUAGUUAAUUUUGCUCAUCAGUAUAGUUUACCAUUUUUUUUAUGAACUUUCAAUUUUGCUCUUAA